AUGCCCACUCUUGCAGCCGCAAAGACCUCGAAUGCUGGCUACUGUCCUUCGUAUCUCCCAGUGGCCGUGAUAUUUGGAGGGACCUCAGGGAUCGGCCAAGCUAUAACUCAGACACUAGCCGAGUACCUCAAAGGCCGCGUUCACAUCGUCAUCGUUGCCCGCAACAAGGUAGCAGCAGACAACAUCAUCGCCAGUCUUCCCAAACCCGCUGAUUCCGAAGCUGCUGGGUCCAAAUACGAGUUCAUGGCGUGUGACGUGACGCUGAUGAAGGGUGUUCACGCCGCGUGCAGAGAGCUCUCGGAGAGACUGCCCAAGAUCAACUUUCUUGUGCUAUCUGCUGGUGUGUUUGCCUUCACUGGAAGGGAGGAAACGGAGGAAGGGAUUGAUAAGAAGAUGGCUUCGAGGUAUUAUUCUCGGUGGGCCAUAAUCAAUGGUCUUCUACCUUCCUUGCGCAAGGCGAAGGAGGCAGGAGAGGAUGCUAGCGUCCUCUCCAUUUUGGGCGCCGGUAUGGGCCCGGAGGUCGAUUUGAAGGAUUUGGGUUUGAAGAAGGGGUAUUUGAGGGGUAUAGCGGGUUGA